AGAUAAGAUUUUGACUUUAGUAGGCGAGUUUAGUUCUCUAUUUACUGUUUCAUCUGAGUUGAAGCGCUCACCAUAACCGGCUUCAAUGCAUACAAUUUAAACAAAAUUCCUUUUGACAUUUACUAAAAAUUAGUUUUGUAUUGAAAUAUGAAUUCUCAAUACUGUCUUGUUGUGUUGGCACAUUUCUUUGGUGUGUUUUUAGCUUUGCGUACGUUUUUUUACAUUGCUCCUCAUUUUUUAACAGACUUCAUAGCUUGUGCUGUUACCUUAGCAACGACUGCAUUGGUAGGGUGCUUUACUUUUCAAUUUACGAAAAAAAAAUGGUUAAAUGAUCGAGUUCAAUCUGAUGGAAAAGCCGUCUUAAUCACAGGUUGUGAUAGAGGAUUCGGUCAUGCCACAGCUAUUCACCUCGAUUCUCUGGGUUAUCACGUGUUUGCUAGUUGUCUAUUUCCAACUGGACCAGGGGUUGAAGAAUUAAAGAAUAAAUGUUCCAGUCGUUUGCAAGUUUUAGGAAUGGAUAUCACAAAAGAUGAAAGUGUUCAAAUGGCGUUAGAAUUCGUCAAAGAGAACCUUGGAACAUCUGAGUUAUGGGCAGUUGUCAACAACGCAGGCAUUCUUAAAGGACUCUCCGUUGAACUAACUCCUAUGCAAGAUUUUCAAGACAAUAUGGAAGUUAAUCUUUAUGGUCAUAUAAGAGUCACCAAAGCAUUUUUGCCUUUACUGCGACAAUCAAAAGGAAGACUAGUUAACUUCACGAGUCUUAUUGGUAGAAUUGUAAUGCCACACGUGACUGCGUAUACAGUUAGCAAAUUUGGUGCCGUAGGUUUCACAGAGUGCUUGAGACAAGAAAUGGAUGUUUGGGGAAUUUCGGUUAUAUCUAUUGAGCCAGAGAUUUAUAAAACUGGAUUAACGGAUACCAAUUACCUGAAUAUAUACAUGGAAACAACUCUCAACAAUCUGGACGAAUCGAUAAAAUCUGAUUAUGGAGAGAAAUAUAUAAAGCAGUUAGAGAAAAUGCUAUAUUACUUUUUUUCUUUCGCAUCAGACAAAACUCAAACUGUAGUUGACGCUGUGGUGUCAGCUGUAACACUUGAGCAUCCUGAAAAGGUUUACAGCCCUCGUAGAAAUGCUAUUUUCAGAGGCAUUUUUUUCAUAUUCAAAAAUUUCCCUCUUGUCGUACAAGAUAUUCUCAUAAAAUUAUGUCCCUAUGUUGCAUUAUGGGAAAAUUUAAAACCUGCCUCCAAGUGAAGUCAAUUUUUUUUAAGACAUCCCAGAACUGGUAUAAGCUUCAGCACAACCGAAGUCUUGAUUUAUCAAAUCGAAAAUAAUCGUGCUAAGGAGCUAAACAAACCUGUAUCAUUUUUUUAAAUAAAUAAUUUGUUGUAUUGUU